UUCAUUCGGGCCACACUGGGUUUUGAACAGGAGAUCAUGCGUCAGGCCUCGGAGCGACUCAAUGCCGCGGAGACGAGUGCCGCCAACGACCAGCAUCGCGCGCAACACAACUCUCAUGCGCCCAAUACGUACCACUCACAAAUAUAUGCUCCCGGGACGGAAUUUGCGCUCUGCCAGGCCAUGGCGCAGCUCAUGAGCGCCGUCGUCGGCGUCCUGAAUGAAAGUCUUACGGAAAGUAUCAAAGGAUUCUAUAAGCUCAGAAAGGCCUAUAUCACCCUAGACGCUAUUCUUAAGAUGGAGCAAAAGUUCAUCAUGCAGGCGCGGAACUCCGGGGACACUACCUCUACGGAGAGUCUGCCACGGGGUGUUGGGCAGGGAGCGGGGCCCACGUCCGUUCCUGCAUUGCCGGUAGAGCCUGGCGACCUGAAGAAGGGAUUUUCGGAUCUUUCAAUUUCUGCGGACUCCGAAACAUCAGCAUCCGGUCCUUCUGAUAUGUUGAGCCAUGAUCCUGAUUCGGACAUUUUCAAGAAUCAGAUCGACGUGUUCGUCCACUCCGGCGCCAACUUCUGCUUCGGAAUUCUUCUACUCCUAAUCUCAAUGGUCCCGCCCGCGUUCAGUAAGCUUUUGGGAAUCAUUGGCUUCCACGGAGACAAGGAACGCGGAUUGAGGAUGCUUUGGCAGGCCAGUAAAUUUCACAACCUGAUUGGCGCCCUCGCCGCUUUCUCUAUUCUUGGCUAUUCAAACGGCUUCGUCCGGUAUUGCGAUAUCAUGCCUGACCCCGUCCCUGGCGAUGACGUGCAGGGCUAUCCCCAGGAACGGCUAGAGGCCUUGCUGGCCCUGAUGCGGAAGCGGUUUCCGAAGAGUCAGUUGUGGCUGCUGGAGGAGUCCCGGAUGAACGGAGCAAACAAGAAAUUAGAUGUUGCCUUGGAGCUGCUCUGUGGAGAAGACCGCAGUCCGCUCAAGCAGGUCGAGGCCCUGCGGGUUUUCGAACGGAGUCUGAACGCCAUGUAUCUUCACAGAUACGAGCUUUGUGCGGAGUCUUUCCUCGAGUGCGUCGAACUCAACUCUUGGUCUCGAUCACUCUACUACUAUAUUGCAGGAUCGGCCCACCUCAGCCUCUACCGGAACGUUGCUGGAACGGAUGCCACCGCGGCAGCCAAACACGCUGAAAAGGCCGUGGAGUACUUCCGGAAGGCACCGCCAUUGGCUGGCAAGAAGAAGUUCAUGGCUCGGCAGCUGCCGUUUGACGUCUUUGUUUCUCGCAAGAUCGCCAAGUGGGAGGCUCGCGCCAAGGAGUGGAAGGUGCCUUUGGUGGAUGCCGUGGGGGUGGAUCCAAUUGAAGAGAUGAUUUUCUUCUGGAACGGACACAGUCGUAUGACGCAAGAACAGCUCGAAGAAUCCAUGACGAAGCUGGCGUGGUCCGAAAGCGAAGCCAAUAAGACAUGGUCACGCGAAGGUACGGAAGAGAAGGCUAUUCUGCAGCUCCUGCGUGCGGCUGUCUUCCGUGCCAUGCGCCGGCACGAUGAGGCGAAAGAGAUCAUUCGCACGAGCAUCUUCAGCCAGGACAAGUCCCAAUUUACUGGACAUCUCAAGGAUGACUGGAUCUACCCGGUGGCACACUUCGAGAUGGCGGCCAAUCUGUGGAUGGAACGGCCGACGUACAGUGCUAUUCACGGAGGACCGGAAUCAUCUAGCGAGAAACCAGCUGCUGGAAGCACCGAGAACGAUAUACAGCUGGAGCGUCGCCAAGUGCACGAAUGUAAGGAGCACCUAGAGAAGGCGGCCAAGUGGGAGAGCUAUGAACUAGACGCGCGCGUUGGGCUCAAAGUGACGGCCGCCCUGGAGGCCGUUGAGAAAUGGGAGAGUGCGCACGCGACCACAUCCGGAUGA